GGGACAACCCGCGGGUCGCUCGCUAUACUCAGGGUCUCCGAAAGCGCUCUCGCUGUCACUUGAGACGCAACCCAUUCGCAGUGCAAACGGGGCACUCGCAAGCACUCGCAACAACUCUUGACGCCACGGGUAGCUGGCCAUUUCUCUAGUUCUCGUCAUUUUACGACCAUUUCUAAGUGUUGGACAUCAAUGCCUGUCAGCGGUUUUUCAUGACUUUCUGGAAGUCGGACAACGGGAGAAAUAAGAGACGCACACGAGAACAUUUACGCCUGAUAGACUACUCUAUGAAGAUACUAAUAGCUGCGAUGCUACUUUUACAGUUCAUUUCAGUGUUUCUUUUCAGCGAGUGAUUUUUUGGUUUUUGUUUUUUUCUCCUUUGAGAGCCUAAUUUGCAUCAUCAAGACGGACAAAAUUAGACGCGGACACACACACACACACACACCCAGACACACACACCCAGACACAUACACAAACAACAUGUUUACUGUAAUCCUGCCGGUGUUGCUUGGACUGGUGGGUGUGUUCUCCCACAGGCUGUCCAGCCAGGAGGUGUGUCUGUCGGGGCAGUACACAACCAGUGGGGAGUGUUGUAAGCAAUGCCAGCCUGGUGAGGGGAUGGUACAUCCCUGCGGAGAGACGCAGACGGUUUGUGGACCAUGCCUCGACAGCGAGACGUUCUCAGAGAUCUACAGCCACACCGAGCGCUGCAUGCCAUGUACAGUCUGCGAGGAUCUGCUGCGCAUGGAGACCCCGUGCACGGAUGCCAACGACGCGGUGUGCGUGUGCGACUACGGCUACUACCUGUCGCUGGUGACGUUGCGCUGCGAGGCAUGCACCAUGUGCGGGGUGGGCCAGGGUGUGCUGCUGCAGUGCAAGCACAACUUCGACACCAUGUGCGAGGUCUGCAUGGACGACACCUUCUCAGACGAAGAGAGCGCCCUCGACCCAUGCCUGCCCUGCACGACCUGCGAGGAGGAGGGACAGCUCCAGGCCUGCACCUCCGUCAGCGACACCAUCUGCAAAGUGGACCUCAGCCUUCUGAAUGUCUCCGUCUCACCAAUGACCUCCGUAGAGCCCUCACCUCCCCCGUUCACGGACUCCACGCUGGACCCGCCCGUGGAGGUCAGGCUCACGGAGAGCUUACCAGUAGAAAGCGGGGCCACCGUCGACCCUGAGUCCAGGAAGCUGGGCGUUGGCCUGGCCGACAACCUCUUGCCCGUCUACGUCUCCAUCGUCCCUGCAGUGCUGCUCGGCUUCGUGGCCUUCGUCGUCUUCAAGCGCUGGAACAGCUGCAAACAUAGCAAACAGGAAGGUAAUAACCGGUCAGGUGCUGGUCACCCGAGUCAGACCCCAUCACCUGAGGGUGAGAAACUGCACAGUGACAGUGGCAUUUCAGUGGACAGCCAGAGCUUACAGGAGGGCCAGGGGGUGCCACACACAGUGAUAAGAAUUGAUGGAGGCUCAGCCCUGAGUCUGCCCCUGCACACCUGCGAGGAGGUGGAGCGGCUUCUUAAUCCCGCCCACGGCGGGGAGGGGGUGGGCUCCACGCAAGAAACCGACUGGUGCAGCCUGGCCGGGCUGCUGGGCUACGAGGAGGAGCGCAUCGCCUCCUUCAGGCAGGAGGGCCGGCCUGUGCAGGCGCUGCUUUCUGAUUGGGCGAGGCAGGAUUCGGCGAGCGUGGAUGCGCUGUGCACCGCGCUGCGUAAGAUCAAUCGAGAGGAUAUCGCUCAGAGCAUUCUCCUCAAGCCAACUGCCACUUCUGCAGUAUGAGUGAACACACACACACACACACACACAUAUAAAGCUCCUAAGCCAUAGCCACUGCUACAACACACCCUUACCAUAUAUCCUGACACACUGUAUGGUACACAUCAUUAUCAUUUAACUUCAAAAGUGUUAACACCAUGUGCCACAAGCUUCUUUAACCUGCACCAAGACUACCCAGUUACUCCUGUAUUUCAACUUCUGUUUUUUUUUUUGUUUUUUUUUUGCAUGUUUAAAAUCUUUGGCCUCUAUUACCCACCGUCCGUGUUGUAAUCAGAAGCUGCCUGUCUGCCUGUCAGUCACUUACGCUUUCGUUGCCUGCUGUCAACACAAGCCAGCAAAUCUGAAGCAGCCCAUUUUGUCCGAAUGCCCGUGGAUCUCCAGAGCACAGCCACGCUCGUGCCCGUGGUUCUCCGAAACGCAGCCACGCUCGUGCCCGUGGUUCUCCGAAACGCAGCCACGCUCGUGCCCGUGGCUCUCCGAAACGCAGCCACGCUCGUGCCCGUGGCUCUCCGAAACGCAGCCACGCUCGUGCCCGUGGCUCUCCGAAACGCAGCCACGCUCGUGCCCGUGGUUCUCCGAAACGCAGCCACGCUCGUGCCCGUGGUUCUCCGAAACGCAGCCACGCUCGUGCCCGUGGUUCUCCGAAACGCAGCCACGCUUGUGCCCGUGACUCUCUGAAACACAGACAUGCUCGUGCCCGUGACGUGCCCGUGACUCUCUAAAAUGCACCCACUCACAUCUUCUCAGUAGUCAUAUCUUGGCCAAAUACAACCUAACCUAGAGAAGUGAAGUAAAACAAACAGACCAACACAAUGAGUUAGCAAAAAUAGACUUUACUGUUCUAGCACACACAAUGGUGGAUUCCAGGACCCAGGCUACCAAGAGUCUGUUAACUGCUAAAGGACGACCUUCAUAUAUACUAAAAUACUGUAACAUUAAAGUUAAAUCCUCAUUUGAUCCGUCUUCUGUGCACAUUCCUUUUUUAUUCAGCUAAUUGUUUAUACGUGGUUGUUUUUUCUGUUGACAGUUUUCUGAGUUAGAGUGCUACAAAAAUCACUUCCCAGACAGUGAAAAGAAUAAGAUGUUACUGGCAGUAUGUGAGUUCCUUUCUCACACCUCUGACAUCAUAUUUGAUGUCACAUAAGACAAUCCUUUGAUUCCCUUUUUUAGUCUGUUUAGCUUUGAUGUUUACGACAAGUCAAGUGUCAUCUUCAGUUACCCACGCGAGUAGCAUCAUUUCUGAUAAAACCAUCUUUUCUUCCAGAAGAUUCAGUGGGAAGAGGUGUUGUAUAUUUAGUAAAGAAUGCCAAACAUAGAUGUACCAUGUCAGACUAUACGCAGUAAAUGGCAUUAUUGCCUGGAGGUUAUGUUAUCCUGGGUCUCUGACAGAGGAAGAAGUGAAGAGGCAGAGAGCCAGACUGCUAAUGCUAAUGGCUUCCUAUAUCAUCUCCAUCACCCACAGUGCAUUGCUUCUAACUUGCUAACCUUUGUUAUCAAUAACACCAUCACAUUUAACAGUCAUCAGACAAAUGUUCAGUAUUUACAUUAUCAUGGGUAUUUCCAAGAGUCUGUCAACUAUAGUGUAUACGAUUUUGUAGGUGGCUGGGUAUAUAAUAGACUGUCUGCAGUGUAAAAACAUCUUGGAAAAAAGCCGAAGUUUUUGACAUCCUGGUGGUCACACACACACUGGUGGUCUUGCAGGAGGCAGAUAGACUAUUAUCUGUCUCUUGUUUUUUACCAGGAAGGUAAACUGAUACUGGUCACUACCUGCCCAAGGUCAUCACCAUGACGAAAGAGCUUAUUCAUACCAUCUGUGACCCAGAUAGAAAAUGACAAACUUGCCACACACAGACACAAAAGACACAGACACGCGCACACACGGACUGACACACACACACACACACACACACACACACACACACACACAUAAAUUUCAAAGAAGCAGGCUACCUACAUACAAAUCAAGGAGAGUGGAGUGUGGCAGGUUUCUCCUCUGAUGGAAAACAGGUCUGUACUGAAGCAGAGCGGCAGUGCUUAAAGGCAUGUAGAAGGGUGACGUUAACCGCUCCUGAUGAUGUAACAAUGGCCCACGUGUGGAAGGGUGAUGUUAACCGCUCCUGAUGAUGUAACAAUGGCCCACGUGUGGAAGGGUGACUUUAACCGCUCCUGAUGAUGUAACAAUGGCCCACGUGUGGAAGGGUGACGUUAACCGCUCCUGAUGAUGUAACAAUGGCCCACGUGUGGAAGGGUGACGUUAACCGCUCCUGAUGAUGUAACAAUGGCCCACGUGUAGAAAGGUGACGUUAACCGCUCCUGAUGAUGUAACAAUGGCCCACGUGUGGAAGGGUGACGUUAACCGCUCCUGAUGUUCUAACUGUGGCACACGUGUGGAAGGGGGAUGGUAACUGCUCCUGAGGGUCUGACGGUGGCAAACGUGUGCGAGGAGGGCACAAGGCAGUGCGGGUAAGGUCCGCGGGGCACUAAGGACAGGUGGAAACGAGAAACAAUUAUCAGGGUGUCUGUAAAUUCUCAGGGCUACACACGUGCGAUACUCCACCAACUGCACGUUACGUGUGCCGUGUGCUCCAAAGUCACAUGUGAAUGUGAACUCGGAGACCUGGCUGAACACAGUGUUUGAAGGGGAUAGUCAGUUGAGCAAGACAUUUUAGAAUUUUCAUUCUUUGUUCAAUCGAACAGAGUGGAAUAAUUGCAUAUAAAUCUUGGGAUCAGGGAAUAGAGACAAGAUGAUUCUAAUCACUGACAGCAGUGCCUCUGGAUAAAUGAUAUGCCAUCAAGCCAUCACAUUUUACUUUUCAAUUUACCAAAGAUCACUGCAAAAACCACCAGUGUUACUUAGUUCAUUUUCAUUGAUUAAAUGUUGGAAGAUUUGCUCUGAAUAUUGAGUGCAUAUGCAUAUUCAUAUGGUAUACACUAAAUAUAUAGUACAUUCCUACAGAUACAUAAAUUUCAGUGGUAUUCUGCCAUAACUGUGUCAGAUAUUAGAAGACAAUUUCAUCUUUAAUCCCAGGAUAAAGUCAGAUGUCAUUGAAUUUAACUGAUUUGUGUGAAUAUAGUUUUGGGAUAAUAUACAAACUCACUUUAUAAAUAUCUUGCUUGUAAUGAAGGUGGUUAUCCCUUUCUAUAAGAGGGGGGUUGUAAUUUUCUAACCAAGAAGUACUAUGUUUAUUUCUUCUUCUUUUGCUUUUAAAAACCAGAUUAGAAUGUAGCACUUAAAAGUGUAAAUAUACAGUAUCACAAGUGCCUGAGAGAAAUGUCAGGUCUGUGUUUUGUUCUGUUUGUGUGUUUUUUUUUAAAUAAUUUACUUGUUGUUUUUGGUGUGUUACUGUUAUGGCCUGCACUCUGGAGAACUGCCAGGCCAAAGUUGUUUCCAUGGUAGCGCUGCAUCCAAUCCCAUCCCAGUCUUUGAACCUGACCCGGUCCCCCAUGUUUAAUGAUCUGACACACUGACCAACAGUUUGCAAACUUUUUUACCAAGUGCAAGAAAGGCUAAUAUUUGUUUUGGCUUGUGUUUCUUUUCUGUCUGGUUCUACUUGGAUGUUAAAUAUAACAUUAGUCAGUGGUAGAUAUUACUGAGUUUGGGUUUGGACUGAUCUUGGAGAAACUUUAUACAGGGAAUAUUGUUCAUAGGAAGAGAUCUAUAAAAAUGCAGACUGCUUUCUGACAAUCAGUCCAAAGCUCUUUAGUGGAUGUUAAAGGUACAAUCAAAGCGGUUCUGUCCUUCAGACAUAAAAGAGGCCCCAAAUCGGUGGACCAAGCAAAACAAGCCUUGUACAGAGUAGCACGAUUAAAAGGAUGACAAAGGCCAAAGAUGGUGGGCAUUGUGGGUAUUAUCUGAGGGCAGCUGUCACAGAGUAAGAAACAAACACAAAAGGCCAUGUACAAAACCGAGCAUUUCUGAAUGACUCUUGUAUUUACUUAUAUGUACACUGUAUCAUAUAAUUGUGAAUUUGCUAGAAUUCAUACAUCUGGUUCAAUACAGCAAAGUAAUCAAAACAAGAAAAUUAAUAAAAACAACUGCAACUCUG